UGAAGAGUGCCCUUUCAUAUGGGGGUAUGAUUGCAGUACUUUGACUUUGGCGUUUACGCCGGAAUUGCUGUUACAUGAUCGUCCGGGAUGAUCGGCCGAUCGGUUGCGAGGAGAACGGGAAAACUAAAUACAUACUAUACGGAGUAGUCCUCCGUACAGGAGGAAUACUACACUAGGAGUUGAGGAUGAAACAACACAGGGCGUGAGCCUUCGAGAGAGAGAGAGAGAGAGAGACCAGUCGCAUCCUCCAUGGCUAAUUCUGUCCUGAUAGAGCGGUGUCUCACCCUCGCGAUGACUGCGCCAGUGAGGGUUUCCCCAGCAGCUCAUGCGGAGGCUCCACCACGAUCCCCGGCGGGUGUCCUUGCCACGAGAAGGUCCAAUCAGCAUUGUCGGCCCGCUUGUCCUGACCUCCCGGGAGGGGCCCAUGUACACACACGGCUCCUCCUCCUCAUUGUCAGCCUCCUCGAUUAUUUCUUUUUGGGUUUGGUGCCUGGUGGCCGGUCAGCUAGCGUGAGUCAAGGAUAGAUUUACGAGACUAACUGGAUGCUACCGUGUAUAUUCCGUCUGUCCCGGAUCAUCCCAAGUCCAGGAGUCCAGGACCGAGAGGGUAAGCCCGUUCAUGGGAAACGGUGGCUGCGGCGGAGUACAAAAAGAGCUAUCGCCCUCGUAACCAUGGAGCUUAAUUUCUUUCCAGGGCACUUCUCUCGCGACUCGCUUUUUUAGUAUACCGUCUCUGACCGAUCUAUUGACUGAAAGACUCCACUUUGUGAGGGACCACUUUGGGAACCACUUGGACCACUUUCCAGCUCCACUCGCUACUGUCUGCCUGCGUGCAUUUAUAACUAUCGCUCUUCCCCCCCCCCCCCCUUCUUCGACAGUCGUUUCCAGCCUCAAUUCUCCUCUUCAUCCUUCUUCUGCUUCUCACGUCCCCUCUCUCGUGACGCAUAUACACAACUUUCCAUGAUGCCGUCUCUCUUCAAGUACGCCGCCGUGGCGCUGGCUGCGGCUGCUCCCUUUGCCUCGGCUCAGACUUACACCGACUGCAACCCGCUGGAAAAGACGUGCCCUGCCGAUGCUGGUAGCACCAAGUCGAGCCUGAACUUUGACUUUACCCAGAGCUCCGGCCUGAGCCAGUGGAAGACCACUGCCGGCUCCGUCAGCACCGGCUCCAAUGGCGCCGUCUUCACGAUCAACAAGAAGGGUGAUGCCCCGACUAUCGAGACCGACUUCUACAUCUUCUACGGUGAGAUCUCGGUCACCAUGCAGGCUGCUCCCGGCACUGGUAUCGUGAGCUCCAUUGUCUUCGAGUCCGAUGACCUGGACGAGAUUGACUGGGAGGCUCUCGGUGGAAACACUGCCCAGAUUGAGACCAACUACUUUGGCAAGGGUGAUACCUCCACUUAUGAUCGCGACACUUGGCCCGCCGUCGCCAACCCCCAGUCUACUUUCCACACCUACACGGUGAACUGGCAGAAGGACAAGACCGUGUGGUCUAUCGACGGCACCCCCGUCCGCACUCUGAACUACGCCGAUGCGCAGGGCGGUGCUCGCUACCCUCAGACCCCCAUGCGUGUGCGCAUCGGUAUCUGGGCUGGCGGUGAUCCUUCCAACGGAAAGGGUACCAUUGAGUGGGCUGGCGGUCAGACCGACUACUCCCAGGCUCCCUUCUCCAUGUACGUCAAGUCGGUGCAGAUCACCAACACCAACCCGGCCGACUCGUACACCUACAGCGACACCUCCGGUUCCUCCGGCAGCAUCAAGCUCAGCGGUGCCGGUUCUCUGAACCAGGCCUCCAGCUCCUCCGCCUUGAGCUCCACCACCUCGAGCACCUCCACCUCCAGCUCCCAGUCGUCCACCGAGAGCUCCACCACUGCUCACACUACCUUGGCUACCACCACUCAGACCUUGACCUCGGCCAAGACUACCACUGCUGGGUCGACUACUGCCUCCUCGACUGAUGCCACCACCUCCGGCUCUGGCUCUACCUCGGGCACUGGCUCUUCUACUACUUCCUCUGGUUCGUCCACCUCGUCCGGUUCUUCCAGCACUAGCUCUGGCUCUGGUACCACCUCGGGUUCUGGCUCGAGCUCGAGCUCCGGCUCCGGCUCCGGCUCCGGCUCCAGCUCCGGCUCAGCCUCCAGCACUGCUCCCCAGGCGACCGCCACCUUCAACGCAGCUGCCAACGUGGUUGCCAACUACCUGGCUCCAAUCUCCCUCCUGGGCCUGGUAACUGCUUUCCUCCAGCUGUAAAAAACAACCCACGAACCUCAAAUUACGCUCGCCUUUGACCCUUUUGACGUUUACUCGACUUUAUGCACACCCCACCUAAUAACGUUUUACCCUCUCACAUAUGAAGCAUACUGGGCUGGAACCGGGUUUUUGGACAUGAGGAAUGCUCGUUUUUGUUUUUACGUUUCCAUUUGGUUACUAUUCCCCAUUUGCCCGUGAUGUAUCUUUUUUUCGCCCUGUUCCUCAUCCUGCUCUGACAUGUAUCUAUGGAUCUUUCACGAUCAUCAUUUAUAACUAUUACCACUAGAUUAAUAUGUCUCCCUUUGAGACUCGUCAUAUUCUUUUCUCCCGCAAUAUAUAUCGAUUCAAUCUGUAGGCCGUAUCUUCC